AUGGUGUAUCUCAAAUUGGCGGGUUUAAAAAUCUCAGAUGCAUUACUUAGUGAAAUUUUAUACUCAUGCCCGAAUAUAAACUUUCUUAUUCUUGAUCGAAGUUAUGGUUUUAGUAAUAUACCAAUUAUGCCUCAAGGAGGUGCCCCUAAAGGGCCAGAAAUUGCAAAAUAUUGUCCGAAGCUACUACAUAUGAGUCUUGAUACGUGUACAGCUAUUACUGAUAGAUGCAUUAGUGAAAUAACACAAUCUUGUCCAAAUUUAAAAUACAUAAAUCUCACUUCUUUGUAUAGAGAUAGUAAUAUUUUCAGUGCAUCUGUAAUUGAAAUAGCACGAUCUUGUCCCAAUCUAGUAUAUUUAAACCUCAAUGGACAAUCUUCUAUUAAUGAUGAAUCAAUUUGUGUAAUUGCACGCUCAUGUGUAAAUCUUCAACACCUGGAUUUGUCGUUCAACGAAAUAAUUACGGAUGAAGCUAUAUGUGCGAUUGCAACCGGCUGUCCAGAUAUGCGAAAUUAUUUUCUCGAAGGCUGUGAACGGAUAACCGAUAAAUCAAUAAAAAAAAUUGCACAUCCGUUCAUGUUCAAACAUUCAGAAUCUUAG